UCUGUUUCCCGCAGUGCGCCCUCUCAUUUAUUCCAGUCUCUCUCAGAACACCACCAAUGAAUGAAUGAAUCAGCAUUGGCUUUGACGAAGAAGAAGAGAAUCCCAAUUUGAACAUCUUCCCGAGACCCCGCCGGAUAUUUGCAUGGCAAAGAUAAUCGAGUGAGCCAGAGACGACAGAGAAGGCAACCGCGAGCCCCUCCGCCUGUUCAUUCCCCGGGAGAAGAAGAAGAGAACCCGCGGAGAUUCCUCGCCGGCUAUUCCAGGAGUCGGAUUCUGACGUGAUUUCGGAUCUGCAAUGGCUGGGAAUAUUACUACCGUGAGUUCGUGCCCCGCGCCGAUGAAGGCGACCUCAAAUGGUGUCUUCCAGCACGAUAAUCCUCUUGACUUUGCGUUGCCUCUCGCUAUCAUCCAAAUAUGCCUCGUCGUUCUCCUGACUCGCAGCCUUGCCUUCCUUCUGAGGCCUCUGAGACAACCUCGGGUCAUUGCUGAGAUUGUUGGUGGAAUAUUGCUUGGUCCUUCGGCUCUGGGCCGAAAUACAGAGUAUCUUCACCGGAUUUUCCCUGCUCGGAGCCUCACCGUGUUAGACACAUUGGCAAAUCUGGGCCUCCUCUUUUUCCUGUUUCUUGUCGGGCUCGAGCUUGACCCGAAGUCCCUCCGCCGGACAGGGAAGAAGGCACUGAGCAUAGCGCUGGCAGGGAUCACCCUUCCAUUCCUCAUGGGUAUUGGGACAUCAUUUGUCCUCCGAGCAACCAUUUCCAGUGGAGCGAAAAAUGCCCCGUUCCUUGUCUUCAUGGGGGUGGCUCUCUCAAUCACUGCCUUCCCCGUCCUGGCCCGAAUUUUAGCCGAGCUCAAGCUCCUCACCACUGACCUGGGCAGGAUGGCCAUGUCUGCAGCGGCAGUCAACGAUGUGGCUGCCUGGAUCUUCCUUGCUCUUGCCAUAGCCCUUUCCGGGUCAGGACAGUCCCCCCUCGUACCCCUCUGGGUGUUCUUAUGUGGGGCCGGGUUCGUGGCUUUGUGUGUGUUCUUGGUCCCACCAGUGUUCAAGUGGAUGGCCCAGCGAUGUCCGGAGGGCGAGCCUGUUGAUGAGAUGUACGUUUGUGCCUCCCUGACAGCUGUCCUUGCUGCAGGGUUCAUUACCGACUUGAUAGGGAUCCACGCACUCUUUGGGGCAUUCGUUGUUGGAGUCCUUGUCCCAAAGGAGGGGCCCUUUGCGGGGGCCCUUGUUGAGAAGGUAGAGGACCUCGUUUCCGGCCUCUUCCUCCCUCUCUACUUUGUCUCUAGCGGGUUGAAGACCAACAUUGCGACAAUACAAGGUGCCCAGUCGUGGGGCCUGCUUGUCCUGGUCAUAUGCACGGCGUGUUUGGGGAAGAUUGUUGGCACGUUUGCUGUAUCUCGUUUUUGCAAACUUCCAUUUCGAGAGUCUCUUGCUCUGGGUUUCUUGAUGAACACAAAAGGCUUGGUCGAGCUCAUCGUGCUAAACAUCGGUAAAGACCGAAAGGUGUUGAAUGAUGAGACAUUUGCUAUUAUGGUCUUGAUGGCUGUGUUCACAACAUUCAUCACCACUCCCAUAGUCAUAGCAGUGUACAAGCCUGCGAAGCUUCAGAGCAAGGCCAACUACAAAAACCGGACAAUCGAGAGGAAGGACUCCAACUCACAGCUCCGGGUUUUGACAUGUUUCCACAGCACAAGGAACAUCCCGGCGAUGAUCAACCUAAUCGAGGCCUCUCGGGGCACUGAGAAACGCGAAGGACUAUGUGUGUAUGCAAUGCACCUCAUGGAGCUCUCUGAGCGGCCCUCUGCUAUACUCAUGGUCCACAAGGCAAGGAAGAAUGGCCUUCCUUUCUGGAACAAGGGCCAGUCGUCAGACAACCAAGUGGUUGUGGCUUUUGAGGCUUUCCGGCAACUUAGUCGAGUGUCCAUUCGCCCAAUGACAGCUAUCUCAGCGUUGUCAAACAUCCACGAGGACAUAUGCGCAAGUGCUGAGAGGAAACGAGCAGCCAUCAUUAUCCUCCCAUACCACAAGCACCAGAGGCUUGAUGGCGCCUUGGAGAUGACCCGAAAUGAGUUCCGGUGGGUAAACAAGCGGGUCCUGGAGCACGCCCCAUGCUCAGUUGGGAUAAUUGUGGAUCGUGGACUUGGAGGGAGCUCCCAUGUCUCGGCGAGCAAUCUGUCCUCCACCGUAACCAUGCUCUUCUUCGGGGGACAAGACGACAGGGAAGCCUUGGCAUACGGGAAACGGAUGGCCGAGCAUCCUGGAAUUAAUUUGGCAGUAGUCCGCUUUCUGGUGAGCCCAGAGGUUGCAGGAGAGAUUGUUCAGGUUGACGUGGCUGAUUGCACAACUGGAUCAUUGGAUUUGGCAGCAGAUGAAACUUCCCUCGCAGAGUUCAGGCUCACAACUGACGGGAACAGCUCUAUCACAUACCUUGAGAGGCGAGUGAAGGGACCCGACGGUGUUGCUGAAGUAAUCAAGGAACAUAGCGGAUGCAAUCUAUUCCUGGUUGGUCGGGCGCCUGAGGGACAGUUAAUUGCAUCUCUCAACGUGAAGAGCGAUUGCCCGGAACUUGGACCGCUCGGGGGCCUAUUGACUUCUCCAGAAUUCUCUACCUUGGCAUCGGUGUUGAUUAUACAAAAGUAUCAUGGGAGGAAAUCUUCUGGCCCCAUGCCUUCAACAAAGAUCGAAGUUCUGCCUGAGGAUGACUAGGCGCAUAACUAGAGUUGGACAUUGUAGAUAAGGAAUCGAACAAUAACUGGUUGAUGACGAAAAAGAUGUUACGUGACAUAUUAGGAUCAUCUUGAAGUUCAGUCUUCAAUUGUUGAACAUGCAAGCAGUUAAAGCUACCUCAGUUAAAUUCUCCCUGGCGACAGCUCUUUAUUUCUGAAAUCGGUGAAAUUUAGUCUAGCAAUUGUAAUCAAAUUGAAGCAUGUCUUCCUUGCUCUACAUCAGAAAGAAAAAUGCUGAUGAUUCGGCUUAUCGAGAUUCUUCGGUCUGUCGAGGUCCAAUACCAGCCACGAACGCUUCAUAUAACGAUGAUCGAUUUUUCUUUUAGGAAAUGUCUCAGCAUCCGAGCUUCCAUCAGGCUAGGAGAACUAGAGGAGCCAUAGCCCUUCUGGUGAUUUGGACAAGAGUAAUGCCAUCUCAAGCAUUUGCAACGUGGCAUGACGAACUUCGUAUAGUGGAACCGUCGCUUAGAAAAUAAUGCUGCUCCUCGUGAAGGCAGCAGUUCCAAAAGCACCCAAUGCUCUUUGUGGCCGUAGUAGUCGACGAGAAGACGGGGCAGAUCUGCCGGGCCAAAGUGAAGCAAGGCAACAUAUAAAUUAGUUUUAAUUAUCCGUGUAGUUUUCUCAAAUCAAGUCCGUAUGGCCUAGUGCUGUGUAUGAUCCCUUUUGACACUUUCUUAAUGCCACUUGCUUAUAAUUUUACUUUUGCGAAA